AUGACUUUAAGAUGAAUAAGAAAUACUCAAAAACCUGAUGAAUAUGAAAAAAUUACUACUAGGUCGAAUUACAAAACUAAGACUGAAUGCUUCGAUUUUAGAAGAAAAAUUAUUUGCUUAUAUUGAAAUGGCAGCAUUGCUAUCGAGGAUCAUAAUGAUCCAAAAAGUAUUAAGGCGAUAAAAGAAUGUGCGGGAAGCUCAUCAGCACCAUAUAUAAAGCGUAUUGAGCUAUUGCAUCUUUUCAAUGCUAGUGAUAUAAAUAUUUGGAUGCCUUUGUUCUUUGUUCCAGGGCUGCGGGGCCAAAAUAUGUUUUUCACUUCUUGUUCUUUGCAACUCAAUGUUAAACCAACAAGAAAAACCUAUCAAUCAAUUUGUAAAUUUGUCUUGUGUAUUAUCAUCAUGCCAUAUCUAAAAAUGAUACACUGCAGUGAAAAUGCAUCCUAUAAGCAGCAUUAUAAUUUUAUCAACUUGAAAAAUCUACAGAUUUUUUAUAUCAAGCUAUUCCAAAUUUGUGUCGCUUUGUGAACUCUUUAA